AUGGACUUCCGAAACGUCAACCCACUGAACAUUCGCACGAACUUAAUCUCAGGCAAUUUGCUACCCUUAGAACCGGGCGAUUCGCGAUUUUCAAUCGGCUGGAAGUUAUUUGCCGUCUUAAUGUGGCUGGUUCAAGUGAUACAGGUAAUCGUGCUGAUCCCUGGUUUCUUCGUAGUGUCGCGUGAGAAGGCUCUGGUUGACGGCACGAUGAACGCCGUGCUCUCCAUCGAGGUGUUCUUCAAUAUUGGAUGGAUUCACGCGCACCGAAAACUGGUAGACCAACUGAUCCAGCAGGUAAACAACAUCCUAUGCAAUGAGGAUGAAAUGAUGAAGAGCAUCGUGAUGAGCACCCUGCAGCCCAUAAAGGCACCACUCAGGUUUUACUGGGUGGUAGGUGGAUUAUGCGUCCUCCUGUGGAGCUGCAUACCGCUCCCGCUGAUUUUUAAAAAAGUGUCCUUCCGUUACGAGGAUUACAGGAUGCCGGCGGUCUUCUCCAAGCAGCCAUUCUCGCUCAGCAUCUUCCUGAUGGGCAGCAUCUUCAUGAUAAUUGGUAACACUUAUGUUUUUCUAAAAAAAGGCGGCAUGGACAUUUACAUGAUACACUUUGUGCUAUUGAUAACGGCGCAAUAUCGUUAUAUCGCCACAAAGCUCACCGCGAUAUUUCGAAAUGCAAUUUUGCAAAGUGAUUUGGAACAAUGUCGUCCCGAUCAAUGGGUAAAUAAAGAGAUAAAAGCAUUGUGCCGACACUACACUUCCGUCUUACGCUUAUCGUCUCUGCUAAAGCAAUUGCUAUCUUUGAGCUUCAGCAUGAUUUAUGUGAACAGCGUCUUACGGUUUUGUUUUAUCGGUGUUAUGUUGAGCACGGUGAAUAAUACAAUUAACACUAAUCAUCCUAGGAAUAUACCAUCAACUACUUUCCUGGAAGGUUUUCUGAUUUUCAUAUAUACGUGCGGUUCGAUAGUCCAAUUCUACGUAUUAUGUUUUUGCAUGCAACAAUUACAGGAUGCGAGCAAAAAUAUGACCAAUGAAGCGUUCCAUGAAAACUGGUAUCGAUUCGGUUCGUCCAUAAAACGUACUUUAAUGCUGAUGAUAUUGGGUACUAAUUUAGAUUGCAAAAUCUCGACUAACGAUAAAUUAAAUCUGUCUCUGACUUCGUUCAUGUCGAUUUUAAACCAAUCCUACUCGAUUCUCCUUGUGCUCUUAUAA